UGUACAGCUGCUGCGGGCCGGGCAGCAGGACACCCAACCGGGGAGCAGGUCCCACACCAGCCGCUGUCAGGCGGGGAGAAGCAUGGAUAAACCCCCGAACCCCCCGCUGUAGGGCGGAGCGGGCCGGCCCAAAGCCGCGGGACGGAGAGAGGAGCUCCAGAGACACCCAGACAGCGGAGGUGCUCCUUCCUCCGGUCCCUCCCUGGCGGUAGAAAUGUGGCUGAAGCCGGAGGAAGUCCUGCUGAAGAACGCGCUGAAGCUCUGGGUGACGGACCGGAGCAACGACUUCUUCCUGCUGCAGAGGAGGAGAGGCCGCGGGGAGCCCAGCAGCAGGAUCACAGGUCUCCUGGUGGGGGCGCUAGACACGGUGCUGGACUCCAAUGCCAGGGUUACACCCUUCCGAAUCCUCCUGCAGGUUCCUGGCUCUCAGAUCAGCUGGGUCAUUGCUAGCGGAGCCGUCAUCGAGGAGGUGAACAAGCAUUGGGAUUGGCUGGUCCACAACCUGCUUCACUCUCUUUCAGUGUUUGAGAACAAGGAUGAUGCUGCCAGCUUUGUCAGAGGAAAAGUCAAGGGCCUCAUUGCAGAGGAGGUCCGCGGCCGCCAGGCCGCCCAGGAAGAAGAUCCGGAGAAGUUCAGGGAGGCGCUCCGGAAGUUUGAGCUUCACUUCGGCCUCCCCUCGUCAGAGAAACUGGUAACAUACUACUCGUGCUGCUGCUGGAAAGGCCGGGUGCCUCGGCAGGGAUUCCUCUACCUCAGCAUCAACCACAUGGCCUUCUACUCCUUCCUGCUGGGGAAGGAAGUCAAGUUUGUGAUUCCUUGGGCUGAGGUUACGGGGUUGGAGCGGGUUUCCACCGCUCUAAUGACAGAGGCUAUUCGGAUAAGCACACGACAGCGGCAGAGGGAGUUCUCCAUGUUCCUGAACCUGGACGAGGCUUUUGGGGUGAUAUGUCAGCUGGCUGACAUCGCCCUCAGGCGGCUGCUGGACAGCGAAGGCCUGGAGCUGGACCGGGUUCUGCAGCAGCCGGCACGCAUCACCAAGAGGGUCCUGGAGGAACAGGCAUUAAGAGACUACGUCCUGGCUCUGUUCCGACUCCCUCGCACAGAGAAACUCUACGAGGUGGCCUCGUGUGCAGUGUGGACGCCGCACGCCCGCUGCCACACAGCCGGGACCCUCUACACCACCGACAAUUAUCUGUGUUUCUCCAGCCGAGACGAAGGAAGCUGCAGUCUGCUCGUACCCCUGUCAGAGGUGCUGUCGAUAGAAAAAGCAGAAAGCACCAGCCUCCUGCCCAACCCGGUGAUCGUGAGCAUUCGGACCAAAAAGGCCUUCCAGCUGAUAGAACUGCAGGACAGAGACGAGCUGGUGGAGAGCACCAACUGUCGACUCCGGGCGGCGCAGUGGAAACGCUCCAUGUUCCGCAGGAAGAGCGACACCAAGAGGAGUGUGAGCUCCCCUGCACCUUACUACACCUUUUACUAUGAUACUGGGUACUCGGAUGAGGAGGAGAUGGAGGAGCAGGUCCUGCGUAACACAAUCAACAGUGAAGCUCUCAUGACAGCCUUCAGCCAAAACCAACCAGGAACCGACGGCAACAAGCAGAAAAUGGAGCUGGAGAAGCAGCAACUGUGGGAGGAUCAUUUUUCUGAGUUUGGUCGUGGCGUCCACAUGUUUCGUACUGAGAAGAUCCAAAGACUGGUUGCCAUGGGGAUACCAGAGUCACUACGGGGGGAGCUGUGGAUGACACUUUCUGAUGCAUCCUCGGAGCUGGAAUCCCACGAGGGCUAUUACACCAGUCUGGUGCAGAAAUCAAUGGGCCACAGUAGCCUGGCAACGGAGGAGAUCGAGCGCGACCUGCACCGCUCCCUGCCGGACCAUCCGGCUUUCCAAAACCCCACCGGCAUCGCCGCACUCCGGCGCGUCCUCACCGCCUACGCUCACCGAAACCCAAAGAUCGGAUACUGUCAGUCUAUGAACAUCCUGGCAUCUGUGCUGCUGCUGUACGCCAAAGAAGAAGAAGCUUUCUGGCUGCUGGUGGCCGUCUGUGAGCGGAUGCUGCCCGACUACUUCAACCGCAGGGUCAUAGGAGCUCAGGUGGACCAGUCCGUGUUUGAGGAGCUGAUAAAGGAGCGUCUGUCUGAGCUGGCCGAACAAGUGCCGGACUUGUCCACCCUCUCCUCCGUGUCCCUCUCCUGGUUCCUCACACUCUUCCUCAGCGUCCUGCCCUUCAGCAGCGCCGUGUGUGUGGUCGACUGCUUCUUCUUCCAGGGAAUCAAGGCCAUCUUCCAGCUGGGUCUGGCUGUGCUGGAGGCCAACGCUGCCCAGCUCUCUGCAUCCACAGAUGAUGGGCAAGCUCUCAUGAUCCUCACAAGUUUUCUAGAUCAGGUUGGGAGUGAGGAGUUGCCCAGUGUCCCGUCCCCCCCGCCUGCUGCAGAGGAGCGCCGCUGCAGCGACGCUGAUGCUCCUGCAGUGGGACACAUCAACAUCACCCAUCUCAUCAACGAGUCCUAUCAGAAAUUUGGAGACCUGACAGUGCGGCAAAUCGAGCGUCUUCGCCGUCUACACAGAGUCCAAGUGCUGCAGGCGCAUGAGGACACCAUCAGAGAGAACACUUUGCGGCUGGUGUCCGCAGACGUGUCCAUCUCUCCAGAGGACCUGUCAGACAUCUAUGACCUCUUCAAGACGGAGCACUUCGUCAGCCUGUACUGGGGCGACAGCAGCUCGGCGGCGGCGGCUGAAACCGCGGCGUGGAAGUUCAGCGACUCCAGCCGCUCGUUCGUGGAGCGGCAGUACCGGGUGGACCGGCCGCAGCUCAAGAGCCUGUACGGGCUGCUGGCGCCGUGGCCCGCCGGCUCCUCGCAGCAUUCCGACACGCUGGCCAACCGAACCUUCACCCUGCUGGACCAGGACCGCCACAACCUGGUCACGUUCAAGGAGUUUGCCAGCUGGCUGGAUACUUUGUACUGUGAGGAUCUGAAUGAGAAGAUCCGGCUGCUGUACCGCCUUCACAUCCCUCCAGCUCUGACGGAGAGCGAGGACGACGCCUCUCUGAAGAGCCCCCUGCUGUCCACGACCAGACCUCUCUACGUCAACCUGCCCUCCGACGGUGAGGCUGAGGUGAAAGAUUACCAGGAGCAGCUGAAGCAGAUGCUGCAAGAUUUGGCCAAAGAGAAGGAUGUGGAGAAGCCUCUGCCCCUUAUGAAUCAGCGAGAGUUCAUCCAGUUCUGUAAGACCCUCUACGGCAUGUUCCACGGCGAUCCGGAAGAAAACGAACUGUUCCAGGCCAUCGCCACGGUAACCAGUCUGGUGCUGCAGAUCGGUGAGGUGGGCCACCGCGGACAAGCCCCGGCCUCAGAGGACCAGGAGGAGGCGGGGGCCCCGGAGCAGGCGGCCGACGGCCGGUCCGGCGGCAGCCCGGCCGGCGAGGACGAGUGGACGGUCAGCUACGCUCAGAUCCUGGCGUCGCUGCUCACCGAACAAGCCUUGGUGAACUUCUUCGAAAAGCCGCUGGACCUGUCGGCAAAGAUCUCUCAGGCCAAAGAACAACAGUACCAGCAGCGGGCCGGUCUGCUGACGCUGCAGCGGGGGGCCAGGUGACUCCCGCGGGGGGUCAGGUGA